UGCAUAUUUUGUGCGGUAUUGGUUGUGAAGGGCAAGAUGGCUGCUGUUGUUAUCAAAUAAUCAUGUUAUUUAAUUUAAAGUAGCAAUUUAUAACUGCUACUUAUUACUAGAUAUUUGGGAUUUUAUUGCAGACCAUUUGAAUUCACAAGGCACAGUUGGUGAAUAACUCACCUUCAGAAUCAGAAAUACUUAUUGAUCCCAGGGGAAAAUCUCUUGUCACAGUUGCUCCUGCAAGAGUUUUCAAAGAGCAAGAGGAAUUAUCUGAGAUAUAUAGGGAGAAAACACAGAAAAAGUUUGAUGUAAUCACAAUUAUUAAUUCACUACAUUAUAUGCAGCACCAAAUGUGAACAUGCAGUUUUAGCAUUUUUAAAGUAUGUUUAGGGUCAACAAUUAAAAAAAAAACAGUUGUAGAAAGUGUAACCCUGUCGUGUGCGGGCAACGCAGUAAGCACGCAGGACUCAAAUGCAGUACUGGUGAGACUCUUUCUGGUGCAGGUAGUUUUAUUUACAAAGUCAAAAGUAACAAAACACAAAGAACUAACAGGCAUGGAAUUCUCUUUGGAACACGAGGAAACACAUAGUAGAAAACUCACGGAGAUCUAACACACUGACCCAACACACUGAUCCAAAAACCCUGACAGAGUGAGGGAGAGGGGUAUAUAUACACAGGGAACACCAGGUGACACAAGUGAAGCCAAUCACCAACAGAUGAACCAGUGCUUCACAUUCAGCAGUGAAGCGCAGCAGGACAGAGAGCAUCUCGGAGAGUUGGUGCUGGGUUUCCUCAGUAGAGAGUUGCAGCCUUCGUGUCAGCUAGCAUGUCUAGAAACAGUCCGUAUCCUGUCCAGAGACAAAUAUUGUCUGGACCCAUUCGUCCGCUGCUCAGCCAUGUCCACUCUGGCACGCUACGCUGGCAUCUCCGUUACCAGCACUGCAGCAUUUGCCUGCAGCAACACGACAGUAGUGGGUCAGGGUCAAGAAGCAUCCUGUGGGUUGAUGAAGGAAGACCCCCCCAUGUCAGAAAACCCUGACCAGGAAGUGAUCAUCGAGGCUCUCAAGUCCAUAUGUAAUAUUUUGCUGCACAACGAGACAGGACAGGUGGUGGCAGCAGAUCUGCAGCUGAUCAAGGGAGUUUCAGAGAGGCUGAAACAGUGUCAUGAUUCCACCUGGAACCACGAGGUGCAUUUCUUUGACCUGCGUCUUGCGUUCCUACUGACCGCCCUCAGAGUGGACGUCAGAGCACAGUUGGCACAUGAGCUUCAUGGCGUCAGUCUGCUGGGAAAUCUCUUGGAUGCCACACUUGGUCUCUGUUGGCCAGACACCCUGGAGACAGCUCGGGCAGGUUUUGAGGGAGUUGCCAAUGAAGAACUUCCCCCCCUGGGGCGAAACCAGAUUGAAUUGGCCAUGGAAAUCCUAAAGAUACUGUUUAAUAUCACCUUUGACUCAACAAGGCGUAAGGUCGAUGAGGAGGAGGCAGCAGAGUACAGACAUUUAGGAGCCAUAAUGAGACACUGUUUAAUGAGCCGUGCAGAUGGAGAGGAGCGGACUGAGGAGUUCCACAGCCAUACUGUUAACCUGCUGGGAAACCUGCCCCUGCCCUGUCUGGACGUGCUGCUGCUGCCCAAGGUGCAACAAGGCUCCGUGGAGUACAUGGGAGUCAACAUGGACGCUGUGAACGUGCUAGUGGAGUUCAUGGAGAAAAGGUUGGACAGGGGCCAUAAGCUGAAGGAGACCCUGCUCCCGUCACUAAAUCUGCUGACAGAGAGCAGCCGUGUCCACAGAGAGACCAGAAAGUUCCUCAGGUCAAAGGUGCUGCCCCCACUGCGUGAUGUCAAGAACAGACCUGAAGUGGGCAAUGCAGUGAGGAACAAACUGGUUCGCCUGAUGACACACAUUGACACCGAUGUGAAGAACUGCGCCGCUGAGUUUCUGUUUGUUCUCUGCAAAGAAAACGUCUCAAGGUUCAUUAAAUACACUGGCUAUGGAAACGCCGCGGGCCUGCUGGUCGCCCGGGGGCUGCUGAGCGGGGGCAAAGACUGUGGGAUCUACUCUGAUGAUGAGGAGUCUGAGACAGAGGAGUACAAAGAGGCCAAGGCUCAUAUCAACCCAAUCACAGGCGUGGUGGAGGAGGAGCAGCCUAACCCCAUGGAGGGAAUGACGGAGGAGCAGAAAGAACUUGAAGCUAUUAAGCUGCUCAACAUGUUUGACAAACUGUCAAGGAACAACCUGAUCAAACCCAUGCAGCUCAGCGUGGACGGCAAGAUGAGAGAGAUGACCAUGGAGGAGCUGCAGAACAUGAGCCACAACCCGGUGAUUCCUGCAGAGGAGCUGAGCAGUGAUGAGGAGGUGGAGUGAGGAGGUGCAGCUCAGAACAGCCGUGUGACAACCCUGUUCACCGUCUCCUUAUGGUGACGGGUGUAAACAUGUAGUGGAGAAUGAUUAUAUCACCACAUCACUAUUUAACCACUUUCUUUUUUAGUGAAAAAAAAAGAUGCCAAAGACGUGACGUCAACAAAAUGGGGUCAAAACAUUAUUAAAUUUUUAAAAAAUUUAAAAAGAUACUCUCUUUUGGUUUGUUUUUUUAAGUUUAAGACUUAAAAAAACCCAAAUAUAAUUUGCUAUAAACAGAGAUAAACUUAAUAUAUCUGAUAUGAUGCAACUCCAUGACUGAUGUUUUGAACAUCUUUUGUAACUCAUCAUAAGGAUAAUGUCACAUGAUUUAUAUAAAUAAGAUAAAAUAAUAACAAAUAUUUUCAUCGAGGACAACUGACCCAAGUAGGUUUUUUAGGGAGGAGGUGAGAAACGCCCUAUUCUAAGGAGAGAGGAUUGGUGGAUGUAAACCAGGAUGAACCGAUGGAACGCCAGCUUCUCUAAAAAUGAUUGGUCGCUGCCUAAGUUGAGUUUGGCGCCACUGGAUUUGGACGUCAUCAACGUCAUAAUUAGUCAUCAAGUGUCGCCACUGCUGCUCAUGAGAUCAUAUGACUAAUAAAUAAAAGUUUUAUUUAAACGAAUGCUGACAAUUUUGUUUUUCACCCCUCAGAUGUUUUAUU